AUGAUCAGAAAACGAAUACUAUUAUUAAUUCUAAUAAUAAUAGUAAUAUUACAAAUUUUUAGGGUUGAAGGAAAUCCAGCAAUUCAAAUUUAUGAUGUUUCUAGUGAAGAAUACUCAUAUAAUAAAUAUCCAACAAAUACAAAUGACAAAUAUUGUAAUUUUUUUUUCUUAAUAUUUGUAACCGAUACUUCAGAUACUGGAGUUCAAUUAAAAAUAAAAACCAACGAUUCAGACGCAACAAUUUCAACACCAGCAUUUAAAAAUAUUUCAAGUCAAGUUCUUCCAAUUUAUGUAAAUACUAAAUCACCAAAUGAUUAUUCAUUAUUAAUUACGGCAGAAUAUGAUAAUGAUACAUCAAUUUAUAGUAGUAUUAUAAUUAAUUAUUCUUGUCAAUAUAUUCCACGAGAAUCAAUGAAAAUAAAUUUAUAUCAUACUGGUAAAUAUAAGCAUCCAAUUUACCCAUUUUCAACAAUAAUGUACAUUACAGGAUUAAAAUACCCAUUGGGUCAAUUACAAGUUGACAAACCGUAUAAUGUAAAAGUUGAUAAUAUAAGGCCAUUUGUCUAUCAUAUUGGUGACGAAUUUAAUGGAUUUAUUAAACCAGAUUUUAAUAUAUCACUAUGGUUCAUGGAUAGUUCAAAUAAUACUUAUUCAUUAAAUUAUACAAUUCCAAGUUUAAUUUAUUCAAAUUCAAAUGUAAAAGAAAAGGAUAUUACAUUUAAAAUUUAUCCUAAUCAAACAAAUGUUAUAGAAUUUGGAUUUAUUUGUCCACCAAUUUAUUCUAUUACAUUAAAUGAAACAAUUGGAUUAAGCGACCCAUUGUUUAUUAAUGAAAAUAUAGGUUUAAAUCCAUGGGCAUCUUAUGAAAUGCCAGGAAAAGGUACAACAUUCCUUGGUCAAGUUUCUUCCGAUUAUUCAAUUGGUGCUCAAAUUAAUGGCACCUUAACUACAAUUUAUUAUCAAUUUUUAAAGGUCUCAUAUAAUAUUGAUAGAAAAUUUCCAUCUUUUCAAAUUGAUUAUUCACCACCAUUACCUUCACUUUCAUCAAUAUUUUCAAUUAAAUUUAAUUCAACUAAAAAAUUUGAUUUAUUCAAUUAUUCAAUUAGAUGGUUUGAAAGUUUUUCAAAUAGUUAUAAAUGGCCUUUUGGUUUCGAAAGUGGUCAUAAUUCAAAUUAUUCAUUCAAGUCAUCAUUUCUACAAUCUGAAAUCUCUGUAAAUCCCUACAACUCACUUUAUUUCAAUCAAGAUCAUUCUUUAACGCAAAUUAGUAAUCAACAAGUUGUGGAUAUAAAUACAUUACCAAUAUUAGAAUUAGAAUCAUUUAAUUCUACUCAUUUAUAUAAUCAAGUUUAUUUAUUUAAGAUUAAAAUAAAACCAAUUUAUCAAAGUAAAGGGUACAGUACUUUUAUUAAAAUUAAUGAUAAUGUUAAUCAAGUAUUAAGAUAUGACUCAAUGCCUGAUAUCGAAAACAAUAUAUAUGAAACUGUUUUAAAUUUUCAUGAAGGUAUAUUAAAUAGUUUAAAUAUUGGUGAUUCUUAUUCAAGACAAUCUCAAUUUUAUAAUCCAUUUCAAUAUUAUUCAAUUGAUCCACUUUUAAAACUUGAUUUUAAAUAUUCUGAUAUGAUUUCAGUUUUAAUUGGUAAUGUAACUUAUUUAAUAAAUAACAUUGAUGUAACAAAUAAAUCAGUUGAUAAUAUAAUUUAUUUCAAUUAUAAUGGUACUCAAGAACCUAAAGAUGAUACAAUUAAUUUCUCAUUUUUAAUUUUAUCUCAUGAGUUUAAAGUAACUGGAGUCGUAGAUUAUGAUAAUAUUACAACUUCAAUUUGGAAUUCAACAAUUUCAAAAUAUCAAAUUAAAUUUACAGUUCCUGCAAAUACUAGACCUGGUCCACUUGGUUUUGCUUUACUUUGUGGUUAUUCAAGUUCAUUAAUAAGUGAUUUCUUACCUUUAUCUUCUCAAUUAAUUAUUGAAUCUAAACAUUUCGAUGAAUAUGGACCAAUAUUUAGUAAUAUUGAAAAAGUUAAUUCAACAAAUGAAUUUGGUUGGAAAUUUACAAUAGAUGAUCCAAUUAAUGGUUUUGAUUAUGCUGAUAUUAUAGUUAGAGGUGAAAUGGAUAGUUCAACUUAUAAAUUCCAUUUAACAACUCAAAAUUUAACAAGAGGUGAUAAAUUUAAUGGUGAUUAUCAAAUUAAUAUAACUUUACCAAGUAAAUGUGCAUCUCAAAAUUAUAUUAUCACACAAGUUAAAUUAUAUGAUACUCAAGGUUAUUUAGGUGAAUUUUCAGUAUCCAGUGGAUUUAAUGGUAUUAGAAAUGUAUUUAUAAAUUAUUUAUCAGAUCCAACAAUAAAUAAAGUAUAUAAAACAUGUAGUGGUGAAAAUGAUGGUAUCGAUAGUUCACCACCAAUUUUAACUUCAUUCAUACCAAUAUUAAAACAAAAUAGUGAUGGUACUCAAUACUUAUCAUUCAACUUUGAAGCAGUAGAUAUUGAAAGUGGUUUAAAAGAUAAACAAUAUCCAAUUGUUUAUAUCCAAACAACAGAUUUAAGAACACUUGAAUGUGUAUCAUCUAUUAUUUCAAUAAAUGAAACAACUUCAACCUAUAAAUGCACUAUCAAUUUACCAAAUGGAUUCGGAUACAAUUCAGAUAUUAUUUUCAGUGUUUAUGGAUUCAUUAAUAAUGGCGGUUAUUAUAGCGGAUAUUCAAGCGAAUCACUAAAUAGUUUAUCUUUUAUAUAUUCAAUGAGCGAUAUAUCCAUAAACAAAGUAAUACAAAUUAAUACCUGUAGCAAAUUUGUAUCUGGUGAUAGCGAGUUAUGGAUAACAGGUAGAGGUUUCAAUUCAACAAAACAACAAGUAUAUGUAAAAUAUUUUGGAGAACCUGGAUUUAAUCAAAUAAUAGUACCAAAUAAAGUUUAUUGGAGUGCAAUGUUUAUUAAAAAUAUUAAACCAACUGAUAAACCAUUCAUUAUCAAAGUUUCGGACUAUCCACUCACAUCAAAUGAAUUCACUGUUAUUCCUAUAGUUUAUAAUUUUACGAUUCCCUUAACACCAACAGAAACACCAACAGAAACACCAACAGAAACACCAACAGAGACACCAACACAAACACCAAUACCUACAUCAUCACCAAUACCAACGAAUAAACCACAAACAUGUUUAGGUGAACCAGUAUGUGGUGGAUCAAAACAAGGUUUUUGUUCAUCAAGUGGAUGUAUUUGUUAUCCACCUUGGAUUGGUAAUGAUUGUAAUUCACAAGUUAUAAUUAUACCACAACCAUCAACAAAUACAUCACAACCAUCAACUGAAUUACCAAUUAUAGAAAACAAUAAUCAAACAUCAAAUAGUACAAAUUAUUUAUUCAAAUCAUUGAUUUCAAUUGUAUCAUUAAGAGAAUUAGAUUUUAAUUCAAAUCAAGUUAAUUUAUAUACAUUUGAUAAAUGGAUUUAUACACCAAUUAAUAAUAUUAAAAGUCAAUACUUUACAAGUAUUCAAAGUGGUGAUACAAAAUCAACAAAUACAUUAACAACUAAUAUUACUGUAACUUUAGAAUGGUUCAAUCAAACGACAAUCAUUCAAUUUGCAAAUAAUAAUAUAACAAUGAAUCCAUCAAGUAUUAAAUAUACAAUUGAAAUUACAGAAUAUAAAUUUUUAAAUCAAUUAAAUAGUCUUCAACUUGUAAUGUCAGCAUUAUUCGAAUCAUCAAAUUCCAAAGAUACUUGUUCAUUAAAAGAAUUUGGAGAUACAAGUGAUGGUGAUAAUUCAAACUUCUUUAAAAUUCAAAUUGAUGACCAUUCACUUUAUGGUAGAUUCAUUAAAAGAGCAAUCAUCGAUUCAAAAGUAUCUUCAAUUGAAAAUCAAUUAUUAGAUUCAAAAAUGAACUCAAUUCAAACAUCAUCAGUAUCACAAUCAUUCAUUGGUAUUACAAUACCAAAUUAUAAACAAUCAAUAAUUAUUGAUCCAGACUUUUCAGUAUUAGUAGAUAGUAAACCAGUAUCAAAUAAUGAUAAUAAUUCAAUUUGUACAUCAAAUAAAUCAAAACUAACAAGUGCUCAACUCGCUGGUAUUAUUAUUGGUUCCGUUGCUUUUGCCACUGUAGUUAUUGUAUCAGUUGUUUACUUGGUCGUGAAAAACAGAAAAUCAGAUUUAUUCCAAAGAAAAGUACAAAACAAAUUACAAAAAAUGAACUGA